AUGGAUAAGUUGGAUAAAGGCUUGGUGAAGAUACUUCAAAAUAAAGCAAGAGGGACUGUUGCCAUCUUUGAGCGGAGCGAGUUUUAUUCAUGCUAUGAUGACGAUGCACUUUUCAUUGCAAACGAUGUUUUUUGCAGCGAAGUUGGUCUUCGACGAUGCAAAAUUGGUGAAACCGAAUUGAUGUAUCAUGUCUUAAAUAAUACGCAGUAUUUGCGCGUUGUUCAUGAUGCUAUCUUAGUGAAACAUUAUCGUGUGGAGGUAUACACUGCAAGUGCUGGAAAGUGGAAACUUAAAGCAAAGGGUUCACUAGGAUGUUUAAAUGAUUUCGAAGAUAUUGUUGGUAACAGUGCUGAAUUGUGCGAGCUUACAACAGUUGCAGCAUUAACUGUGACAGAAAGGCAUGACUCCACCGAAUAUGUGGUCUCUGUUGUUUCCUGUAAUGUUCGGGAAAUGCAGCUUACAAUCGCUGAAUUCCUUGAUACUGAUCACUUUGUGAAUUUGGAGAAAUGUUUGGCUGCAUUGGUACCACGAGAAUGUUUGCUGGUUCCGAUUAAAAUGGGAAUAUCGUGUGUCACUUUAUCCAGUGAAAAUAGUGGCCAGUUGCAUGCUGUACUCAAAAAAGCUGGUAUUAAAAAAGAACUGUUUCAGUUUAGUGAGCGGCUUCCUACUGCGCUUUCUGAUCAAAUAGCUGAAAUGAUUGAUCCAAAAUAUAAAGAUGUUCAUCUUUCAAGGGCACAGAAGGCUUGCUUUAUGGGGUUAAUUCAACAUUUGAAUUUAAAUAAUAUUGGAAUGAAAAGUGGGAAAUUUCAGUUACGUAAUUACAAAUCGGCAGGUUACAUGUAUUUGAAUUCCGCCACUAUAAAGGCUCUCGAAUUGUUCGCUGCAUUCCAAGAAGAUGAAGAUUUGAUGAAUGAUGUAGGCUCUCUUUACGACUUAUUAAAUAAAUGUCGCACUCCUCAAGGACAACGCCUUUUACGUGACUGGAUUCGGCGACCUUUACACGAUAUACGCAAAAUUAAUGAACGACUGGAUGUAGUUGAGGCUUUUGUUAAUAAUUUUUCGUGCCGUACUAUACUUCAUGACGAUAUCUUACGUCGAAUACCUGAUAUCACAAUAAUUACCAGAAAAUUAGUACAAAAGAAAGCAGGCCUGCAGGAAUGUUAUCGGCUUUACCAAGUCGUCCGUCUGCUGAAACGAUUCCAUCAAGUAUUAGAUGAACUUCAUGCUUCUUGUGGUCCCUUGGCACCGUCGGUUAAUGAUUUAUGCUUGGAGCCGCUUGCUCUAGCACAAUUGCAGUUUGAAAAGUUCAUGGCACUAAUUGAAAAUACAGUCGAUUUAGCUUAUUUGAAAGAAAAGGGAUCAUAUAGGAUCUUACCAAGUAUCGACGAAAAUCUGCUAGCAAAUGCUGAAAGAAUACACAAAAUUGAAAAGAAGUGCAAAGCUGUGUUAAAACAGCUUUGUUCUGGAAUAACGGAAACAGUUAAACUCGAUAAAACUGAACAUCAUGGUUUCCAUUUCCGAGUCACUUUAAAGGCUGAAAGAUCAAUUAGGCAGUUAGGUAUGAAGAUUCUUGAAACAAGUAAAGGUUCCGGUGUACGCUUUACUUGCAAGGAUUUGGAUACACUUAAUCGCGAAUAUUUGAAACUUGCUUCUUGCUACGAAGCAAUUCAAAGUAGUUUUGUUAACAUGGUUGUCGAUAUUUCUUCUGGUUAUGCCUCAACAUUUUGUGAGUUGUCUGGUGCAGUUGCUACAAUUGAUACUUUGGUCGCACUUUCUAUAUUGGCCAGUAGAUCUCCAUCAGGUUAUGUGAGACCACAGAUACUUGACGAAGAUAAACAAGUUCUAGAACUCAAGAAGUGUCGUCAUCCAGUUAUGGAGGCCAAUCCAAAUUCUCCACAAUUUAUAUCUAAUGAUGUAAUUCUCGGCAGCGAACAAGGAGGUGAUGCAAUGUUUUUGAUGCUGACAGGCGCAAAUAUGGGAGGCAAAAGUACUUACUUACGUUGUUGCGCAAUUUCUGUCCUUUUAGCACAAAUGGGCUCAUUUGUACCAUGUGAGAGUGCUCGGUUUUCUCUUAUAGAUGGAAUUCAUACAAGGAUAGGCAGCUGCGAUUAUCAGUGUAAAGGAGUUUCCACUUUUAUGGCAGAAAUGAAUGACUGUGCAUCAAUUCUCGAAUCAGCAACUUGUCAUUCUUUGGUUAUUGUUGAUGAGCUUGGACGUGGUACAUCAACGUAUGAUGGCUUCGGAUUAGCUUGGGCAAUUGCAGAAGAUAUUGUUUCACGAGUGAAAUGUUUCUGCAUAUAUGCUACGCAUUAUCAUGAUUUGGCUGGACUAAGCCGUGUGUAUCCGAAGCAGUUGAAAAGUGUUUGUACCGCUUCUCAAGUUGAUGAGAACGGACAGCUCAUUUUACUUUAUAAAAUAAUACCGGGUGUUGCGGGUCGUUCUUUUGGCUUAAACAUCGGUAAAAUGGUUGGUCUCCCGGAAAAUGUUCUUCAGACUGCAAGCGACAUGUUGGAAAGCCUGGAAGCGAAAAAUUCGAAAAUAAGUUUAGAUGAACAGGAACUGUACAGAAAGAUUCAAAGUUUUGGAGACGAUGAGCUGCGACAACAGCUUCUAGACAAUUUGAUAAGUGAGGAAGGCGACUAA